CUGCACUGACACCUAAUGGUCCUUUGGGGAAAGUGCAACCCAGCAGUUUUGUAAGGGUCACGUGACCGGAACAUUAUCGUCAAUUUCCCAGCUUGUCCUUAUACUUGAUCUACACACAAAAUACGCUCUUUGAUUUAUCUGUAGAUCUCUGGAAAACAAUGUCAUUUUGUUCAUUUUUCGAGAAGGAGUUUUAUAAAAAUCAUUUCAAACCCGGUAUAUAUGCUUGUUCCCAAUGUGGACAUCCACUCUUUUCAAGCAGAUCCAAAUAUGCCCAUUCCACUCCCUGGCCUGCCUUCACAGAGACUAUCCGAGAAGACAGUGUAACAAAAAUGAUGGAGUCAUUAACAGCCUACAAGGUUCUGUGUGGUAAGUGUGGUAAUGGACUAGGCCAUGAGUUUCUGAAUGAUGGCCCGGAGGAGGGCUUAUCACGUUUUUGAAUAUUCAGUCACUCGCUUAAGUUUGUCCCAAAAGAUAAGGUUGAUAAACACUAAGAGAGGUGAUUGUCCAUGCUGAUGAGGCUGCUGUUGCUUGCACACUGGUAACCGGAUGUUCAGCUCAUGAAGUGGACAAGGAAAAGCCCCCUAUUGGAGGUCCUGUUCACAGAUAUAUUAUGACCGUCCGGGACACCACAGAGACUAAAGUAGUUGAUAUAUUUUUAUACAAAUCUGCAUAAGCUAAUACGAACAUGUGCAAGAUUGCUCAUGAAUGAAUGAAAUUACUGGAAUAUUGCUGAUGUAAAAUGUUAAUUGUAAACCUUCAAUAAAGCACUUUACAGUA